AUGGCGGCAGCUGCGGUGCUGCCAGCACCCACGCAGUUCAAAGCGGCUCGAGCCGUGGUGGCGGUAAUGGAAGCGUACCGCGACGCGCGCGUGCAGUUCGUCACGAAAGUCGGCGAACUCGCCGUCUCGCCUCAGGUGCGCCUUAGUCUCAAACGCGGAGGCUCUGCUGUCGCCCGGCGCGCUGCAGCUGCUGCUGCCGCUCGCGCAGGACAGCAUGGCGUGCGAUCCUCUGCGACGCUGUCGCUGGGUCGCCUGGCGAAUGUGUCGCACGCGUGGUCGCACCACCUCGUGCAGCGCAACGUGCUGCCGUCGCUCUGCAAGGCGCUCACGUCAGACGAGGCUGUAGCGCGGAUAGCCCUCUCAGUGCUGCUGAGUGACGUGGCACGCCACUCGCUGCUGCAUGCUACAGCCGUGGCCGAUGCAGGCGGCAUCACCGCCGCCGUCUCUCUGUUGGGAUCACCUGACGUCAAGACAAGGCGCCAGGUCUGCGUCUGCCUUUCUACCAUCGCCAGGCACUCUGAAUCCCUCGCCCUGCAAGUGUUGGACCAACCAGGAGCAUCUCGCCUGCUGCUCUGCCUGCACGACUCAUCCCCUUCCCUGCGGGCGUCAGCAGCAGCGGCGGUGAGGGAGGUGGCGAGGCAGGGACCGGCAGCAGCAGGCCGGCUGGUGGGCAUGGGGGGCAUUGGGCCGCUGCUGGAUGCUGUAGGCACGUGGAGGGACGAAGGGGAGGGGGAGGGCAUGACCAAAGGCUCCGCCAAGGUUUCAGUGGUGGUGGCCCUCGGCUUCCUCGCAGCUUCCUCCCCCGAUGCAGCGCUGGCAGUGGUGGCAUCGGACGGCAUAUCCCCGCUGCAGGAUCUCAUAGUGGAGGGCGACGCUGACGUCACCCUCAAAGGGGCCUGCGCGUGGGCGCUCUCCCAGAUGGCUUCCCAUGGUCCCAGCCACGCCAAGGCCGUGGCAGACAGUGGGGUGUUGAUCGACAUGGUAACAGCAGCCACCGUUCACCUCCCUGCUCCCGAACCUGUUGCCGGGCCUGCCGCUGCUGCUAUGGCGGAUGGUGCGGAGGCUCGGAAGCGCUUGGUGCAGGCAGUGAAGGAUGUGGUGGUUCGGGUGAAUGACAUCGAAGCGCUUGAUGCGCUGCUGCAGUGGACUAAGCUGCCGGACGGCAUACUGGAGUCUGUCCUGCAUCGCAUGUCUGUAGUGCUCGCUAAAGACAAUGCCUGCCGCCCAGCCUUCCUCGCGUCGAACGGCUUCACUCGUCUGCAGCGCCUGCUACAGCUGGCAGAGGCAAAAAGAGCCGCUGCUGCUGCCGACGCCGCUGCAAACGCAGCUACCGCCGCCGCUGCUGCUGACAGUGCUAAUGCAGAGAGCCCAGGAGACCGGGCGGCAAAGGUGACCCGAUUUGAUCCUGCCUCAGUGCGUUGCAUAGAGGGCGGCGUGGAUUGGGACCUAGUGGAGGACCACGUGUCAUCUAUCAACUCUCUCUUCCCCUUUGAAGUCUCCCGUUUCUACUCAGCAGACUACCAGCAGCACCUCCUACAGAAGCUCUCAGACAGCGUCAAGCCGGAGUGGGCUGCGAUAGCUACGGCCGCUGCUAGCCCCCGAGCCAUGUCGAUCAAGGCUCGGGAAGGCAGGUUCGUGAGGGGCGGGAGGAGGCCGGUUGAUGUGGAGGAGGUGGGGAGAGGCGGGUGGGAGGCUCCUGAUUUGGGACCAGUGAUGGAGGAGGAAGGGGAGGGGGAGGAGGACGGGGGAGAAGAAGAGGAGGGUGGGGAGGAGGUGGAGGGGGAGAUGGGGGAAGGAGGAACGGGCGGGGAGGGUGAGAGUGAUGGGGAGGGGGGGUGGGGGGGUGAUGGGGAUGGAGGGGUGCAGCUGAUGCAGAGUAUGCUGACCAAUGAAGAGGGGAGUGGGGCGGGUAAAGAGAAGAGGGACAAUGCAGCAGUGGAAGUAGUGACGGGCAGCACUCCACAUGAGGUGGGGGGUGGUGGUGGUGGCGUGGAGCAUACGGGGGUGGAGGAUUGUGGGUCUCGGGUGCAGAAACACCACAGUGUGUUGACCAGUGAUGAGGGGUGUGGGGCUGGUGAGGAGAGAAGAGCCGAUGCAGCAAUGAAUGUAGGGAAGGGCAGCACUCGGCAUGAGGUGGUGGAUGGUGGUGGUGAAGUGGUGGAGCGUGUGGGGAUGGAAGAUGGUGAAGGGGUGCUGAAGGAUGGUGGUAGCGGGGAGGCGAAGGACGGAAAUGGGGGAAUGCUGCUGAAGGAUGGGAAUGAGGGGAUGACAGUGGACAUUAUAUCGGCGAUUGAGUUCGAUCGUAGCGGCGAGCACCUGGCGACGGGCGACAGAGGCGGGCGAGUGGUGCUGUUUGACCGCAUUGACCUGCGCGACGCGCGGGGUCGGCGGGAGAUGGAAGCGAGCGACUACCCCCCCGCUGCGCACCAGCAGAUCGACUACCGCUACUCCACCGAGUUCCAGAGCCACGAGCCUGAGUUCGACUACCUGAAAUCGCUGGAGAUAGAGGAGAAGAUAAACAAGAUCCGGUGGGUGAACUCCUCCCAGGGCGCGCUGUACGUGCUCUCCACCAAUGACAAGACCAUCAAGCUCUGGCGCGUCACGGAGCGCCGCGUCAAGGCCGUCUCGCAGUUCAACUGCCCGCCCCGCACAGCCGCCGACUACCUCGCCUCCGCCAACGCGCCAGCCGACCCAGCAGCAGCAGAUGCGCUCCCCACGCCCCCUGUGUCAGUGCCUGGCGGGCCACAGAUCAACCCGCGGUACCUCCCGCGCCCUGGGUCGCUGUCUGCUGCGUCGGCUACGGCCAGAGCGGUGGCUGCUGGCGCUGGAGCGGUGCUGAACGCCCAUCUCGAACCACCCCCCCACCCCGUCCUCCAUCCCAUCGUGCCCUCCCUCCCAACUUGCCCUCUCCUCCCUCCCAUCCUGCUCACUCCUUCCUCCCACCGUGCCCCUACCCGCACCCUGUCUUCCCUCCCGUCGUUCUCUCCCCCUUUCCCCCACCAGGUGUCAACUAACGAGACCACGCUGGUGGCGCGGUGCCGCCGUGUCUUCUCCAACGCGCACGCCUACCACAUAAACUCCAUCUCCUGCAACAGCGACCGGGAGACGUUCAUAUCAGCGGACGACCUGAGGGUGAACCUGUGGAACCUGGAGAACAACUCGCAGAGCUUCAAUGUGGUGGACAUCAAACCCGCUAACAUGGAGGACCUCACAGAGGUGAUAACGUGUGCGGAGUUCCACCCAUCGCACUGCCACUCGCUCGCCUACUCCACGUCCAAGGGCACCAUCCGCCUCAUUGACAUGCGCCAGUCCGCCCUCUGCGACCAACACUCCAAGCUCUUCGAGGAGCAGGAACCCCCCGGCAACCGCUCUUUCUUCUCGGAAAUCAUCGCAUCCAUCAGCGAUGUCAAGUUCUCCAAUGACGGCCGCUACAUCUUUAGUCGCGACUACAUGACCGUCAAGCUGUGGGACAUUCACAUGGAAGCGCAACCGCUGGGAACGUUCAAAGUGCACGAGUUCCUGCGACCCAAGCUGUGCGACCUGUAUGAGAACGACUGCAUAUUUGACAAGUUCGAGUGCACACCCAGCGGGGACGGGUUGCGAUGCGCCUCUGGCUCCUACAGCAAUCUGUUUCGGGUGUUUGGAGUGGUGCCAGGGAGUGACGAGGCCUCGCUGCUCGAGUCCUCUAAAACACCAAACAGUCCUCCCCCACGCCCUCCGCCUUCUCCGCCUCCUUCUCCGCCCCCGAAUCCUCCCCCGCCGUCUCCCCCUCCCAGACCUCCCCCCAGCCCUCCGCCCAAACCACCGCCUCCACCGCCAUCUCCCCCUCGCCCCCCGCCUCCCCCGCGCCCUCCGCCACAACCCCCGCUUUCUCCGCCUCCUUCCCCGCCCCCGAGAACCCCCCUUUCUCCUCCUCCGCCUCCCAAACCCCCUUCUCCGUCCGUCAAUCCCCCCCUCCCGCGCCUCCCACUGCUUCCGCCGCCCACUCUCCCCCCGUCUGAUGGUCCCCCGACCCCCACUUUGAAACCGGAGGGGGAGAUUUACCGCGUGUGCGCCGUCGCAGGUAAGGCGGGAGGGGGUGUGUAG